AUGGAUAAAACGGAAGUUUUGAUUUUAGAAGUUGAAAAGAAUCCAGUUUUGUUUGACAAAGCUGAAAAAACUUACAAAGAGACAGUAAAAAAGAAAGAUAUUUGGAAGGGAAUCGGAGAGAAGGUUGGACUGACAGGAUCAUUGAAUAGAUACCAAAUUGAGAAGUUUAGUAGAAAACAGGAUUGGGACUCAUUAAGAGACGAAAUAUUCCAGUGUUAUGAUGCUGAUGAAGUUCCAGAAUCCUUUGCAUGUAAUUUAUGCCAGAAAACAACAGACAAGAUUUACAGAUGUUGUGAUUGCUGUCAAUGGCAAAAACUAUGUAUUUGCUGCUUGUUACAACGGCAUAGUUACCCCAAUCUUCAUAUUUUUGAAGAAUUUAAGGAGAAAGCCUUCAUUGAGUGCAGUACUGAUACACCAAUAUGGAGAAUUUGUCACCCAUGUGAUACAAAGUACCAAAAAUCAAUGAUUUUAGUUGAUGAUAAAGGUAAACAACAUAGAAGAUUACUAGAGUUUUGUAGUUGUGAAAAAGAAGCAGUGACUUUAACCAGAUACAAAUUUUGGCCAUCAAGUGUGAGGUGUCCUGCAGUUGCCUUUAGCUUUGGAAUUAAACAGUUCAUCUAUAAAAUCAAAAGAUACCAAGUCCUAUUAUAUAUAUUCUUUAUUCUUUAUUAUAUAAUUUGUACUUUUGACAGAAUUCUUAUUUUUAAACAUUCUUUUGCAGGAGGUCAACAAAUAGCCAUUCGACUAUCAAAACAAAUUAAAGCCUGCAAUAUGAAAAUUAAAGACGCCCUACCAACCUAUAAUGAAUUAUACAAUACCAACAAAACAUUUAAAGAAAUAACAAACCAGGAUGAAUUAGAAAGAAACAGCAUUAAACAAAAAGCCUGUAAUUUAAGAUUACUAAUUGAAAGGGCAAGAGAGGAGCAAAUAAUGGUUAAGGAAGAAAUGACAUCAACAUACAACUAUUUUGAGCAUCAACUUGACAAUCUAAAGGAUGUUUUAAAAGAAACUAACUCUGCAAAUAGAGAGGCCACCAUAUUUAAAGAGGGGUUGUUACUGGAAAUUAAACUUUCCAGUCUUUAUGAACAAUUUCAUAAGUAUGUUGUUUUAAAGGAAAAUGCACCUUUAUUUUCUAUAACUUUAUCUUAUGAAAUGAAAGUAGAAGAAAUUUGUGAUGAUAUAUGUGAUGAUAUUUGUGAUGAAUAUGAUGAUGAUGACGUUGAUGAUGAUUAUGACAAUGGUGGAAACUAUGGGGAUGAGGACAAAGCUUUACAUGUACCUAAUAACCUUGAUGUCUGUAAUAUCUGGGACAAAGUUUUACAUGUACCUAAUAACCUUGAUGUCUGUAAUAUCUGGGACAAAGUUUUACCUAAUAAACAUGUCUGUAGAAUCUGGGACAAAGCUUUACAUGUACCUAAUAACCUUGAUGUCUGUAGUAUCUAG